UCCUUUUCGCUUUUUGAGGCAUUCGUCGAGAAAAGAAAACAGCGCGGAGCCUGAGCGGAGAGUCAAGUAAGAGGCGGACGAUGGAGAGAGAAAAAACACAACAAAACAAAAACACACGCGUAACAAGCUACUGGUUCGUAACAUGCCGCCCAAAAAGAGAGCAACGAGAAAAAGGAAAAGCGAGGAGGUUUUGGAAGGAGACAACACCGAGGAGGCAGGAGACAGGAGGAGGAAGCACCGUGCGAAUAAGAAAUACAUUGGAGCUCAUGUUGGCAUCCAAGGUGGGAUAUGGAAAGCAGUGGAGUCCUGCACAGAGAUGGGUGGCUGCAGUUUCGCCCUGUUUCUAGGCUCCCAGCGCUCAUGGAAGAGGCCUGCACUGGACCCGAAAGCUGCAGCCAAGUUUCAGGAGCAAUGUUCCCUCCAGGAGUUUGACCCAGCUCACAUCCUGCCUCACGGGUCCUACCUGAUGAACUGUGGAUCGCCUAAAGAGGAUGUGUUUGAGAAGAGCCAGGCCAUGCUGGUGGAUGAGCUCAGCCGCUGCAGCCUCCUGGGUCUAAACCUCUACAACUUUCACCCUGGUUCCUCCCUGGGCUCUAUCACCACUGAGCAGUGUAUGGACAAGAUAGCAGGAGCCAUUAACCACGCUCACAAGCAAACACCAGAUGUGGUUACAGUGUUGGAGAACAUGAGCGGUCAGGGCAGUACAGUGGGCGGUAAGUUCCCUGAGCUGAAGAGCAUCAUAGACAAAGUGAGAGACCAGACCAGAGUUGGAGUGUGUCUGGAUACCUGCCAUGCCUUCGCAGCAGGCUAUGACCUGGCUGCAGAAGGAGGAGUGAAGGCCAUGCUUGACAAGUUUGAUCAGGAAGUGGGGCUCCACUACCUUAAAGCCAUCCAUCUAAAUGACUCCAAAGGUAAACUAGGCUGCAACCUCGAUCGCCAUGAAGAUAUUGGUAAAGGUCACAUUGGAAUCUCUGCUUUCCGCGACAUUGUCAAUGAGCCAAGACUGGACAACAUCCCGCUGAUACUGGAGACACCUGGACGGCCAGGAUUCGAGUACGCUGAGCAGAUUGAACUUCUCUAUUCCCUCUGUGAGAAAAAAUAGAAACCACUGUCACUGAUGAUUUGGCACUGUUAAACCGAACCCUGUAAAAACACAGCUCACACGUCUGGUAAAAGUGUUUUGGUAGUUAAUCAGCGUGAGAACAGUGUCUUUAAGUUUUGUCUCUGAAUGAAAAUGAGUUGAAUAAAAUGUGUUCUAAG